CCGUCCCGCUCGCUGGGAGAGAGCUACCUCUCCUUUUCUCUCUCCCUUUCUCUAAGAGUUGUCUGCUGGUUCUCAGCUUGAAGAAGAUUCUACAGUCCUUAUUGAUCCUUUUUCUUGGCAUUACCAUUUUUUGAAGCAAAGUUAACCUAGCUUUCUAGUUUGAGCUUUCUUUUUGGCCGUCUUUAUAACAAUUUUUUUUAAAUCUAUAAAAUAGACAAGAGAUAGUUCUACAAUGUCCAAGUCAUUCCAGCAGUCAUCUCUCGGUAGGGACUCACAGGGUCAUGGGCGUGACCUGUCUGCGGCAGGAAUAGGCCUUCUUGCUGCUGCUACCCAGUCUUUAAGUAUGCCAGCAUCUCUUGGAAGGAUGAACCAGGGUACUGCACGCCUUGCUAGUUUAAUGAAUCUUGGAAUGAGUUCUUCAUUGAAUCAACAAGGAGCUCAUAGUGCACUGUCUUCUGCUAGUACUUCUUCCCAUAAUUUGCAGUCUAUAUUUAACAUUGGAAGUAGAGGUCCACUCCCUUUAUCUUCUCAACACCGUGGAGAUGCAGACCAGGCCAGUAACAUUUUGGCCAGCUUUGGUCUGUCUGCUAGAGACUUAGAUGAACUGAGUCGUUAUCCAGAGGACAAGAUUACUCCUGAGAAUUUGCCCCAAAUCCUUCUACAGCUUAAGAGGAGGAGAACUGAAGAAGGCCCUACAUUGAGUUAUGGUAGAGAUGGCAGAUCUGCUACACGGGAGCCACCAUACAGAGUACCUAGGGAUGAUUGGGAAGAAAAAAGGCACUUUAGAAGAGAUAGUUUUGAUGAUCGUGGUCCUAGUCUCAACCCAGUGCUUGAUUAUGACCAUGGAAGUCGUUCUCAAGAAUCUGGUUAUUAUGACAGAAUGGAUUAUGAAGAUGACAGAUUAAGAGAUGGAGAAAGGUGUAGGGAUGAUUCUUUUUUUGGUGAGACCUCGCAUAACUAUCAUAAAUUUGACAGUGAGUAUGAGAGAAUGGGACGUGGUCCUGGCCCCUUACAAGAGAGAUCUCUCUUUGAGAAAAAGAGGGGCGCUCCUCCAAGUAGCAAUAUUGAAGACUUCCAUGGACUCUUACCGAAGGGUUAUCCCCAUCUGUGCUCUAUAUGUGAUUUGCCAGUUCAUUCUAAUAAGGAGUGGAGUCAACAUAUCAAUGGAGCAAGUCACAGUCGUCGAUGCCAGCUUCUUCUUGAAAUCUACCCAGAAUGGAAUCCUGACAAUGAUACAGGACACACAAUGGGUGAUCCCUUCAUGUUGCAGCAGUCCACAAACCCAGCAGCAGGAAUUCUGGGACCUCCACCUCCCUCAUUUCAUCUUGGGGGACCAGCAGUUGGACCAAGAGGAAAUCUGGGUGCUGGAAAUGGGAACCUGCAAGGACCUAGACACAUGCAGAAAGGCAGAGUGGAAACUAGCCGAGUUGUUCACAUCAUGGAUUUUCAACGAGGGAAAAACUUGAGAUACCAACUAUUACAGCUUGUGGAACCAUUUGGAGUCAUUUCAAAUCAUCUGAUUCUAAAUAAAAUUAAUGAGGCUUUUAUUGAAAUGGCAACUACAGAGGAUGCUCAGGCUGCAGUGGAUUAUUAUACAACCACGCCAGCAUUAGUAUUUGGCAAGCCAGUGAGAGUCCAUUUAUCCCAGAAGUAUAAAAGAAUAAAGAAGCCUGAGGGGAAACCAGAUCAGAAGUUUGAUCAAAAGCAAGAGCUUGGACGUGUGAUACAUCUCAGCAAUUUACCCCAUUCUGGCUAUUCUGAUAGUGCUGUUCUAAAGCUUGCCGAGCCCUAUGGAAAAAUAAAAAACUACAUAUUGAUGAGGAUGAAGAGUCAGGCCUUCAUUGAGAUGGAGACGAGAGAAGAUGCAAUGGCAAUGGUUGACCAUUGUUUGAAAAAAGCCCUUUGGUUUCAGGGGAGAUGUGUAAAGGUUGACCUUUCUGAGAAAUACAAAAAACUGGUGCUGAGGAUUCCCAACAGAGGCAUUGACUUACUGAAAAAAGAUAAAUCCCGAAAAAGGUCUUAUUCUCCAGAUGGCAAAGAAUCUCCAAGUGAUAAGAAAUCUAAAACUGAUGGUUCCCAGAAGACUGAAGGUACAAAUGAAGGUAAAGAACAAGAAGAAAAGUCAGGUGAAGAUGGUGAGAAAGAUACAAAAGAUGACCAGACAGAACAGGAACCCAAUAUGCUUCUCGAAUCUGAAGAUGAGCUACUUGUAGACGAAGAAGCAGCUGCAUUGUUAGAAAGUGGCUGUUCAGUGGGAGAUGAGACUGAUCUUGCUAAUUUAGGUGAUGUGGCUUCUGAUGGGAAAAAGGAGCCUUCAGAUAAAGCUGUGAAAAAAGAUGCGAGUGCUUCAGCAGCAGCAAAGAAAAAGCUUAAAAAGCGUCGUUUCCCAGGGAGUAUGGAAGGUUUUGUCACUCUAGAUGAGGUUGGUGAUGAGGAAGAUUCGGAACGUCAGAAACUUCGUAAAUCGGGCAUGGCAUUUAAAUCUGGUGACAAAAAUGAUGAUGGUUUGGUUGAAAUUAAGGUGGACAAGAUCGAGGAACUUGAUCAAGAAAAUGAAGCAGCGUUGGAAAAUGGAAUUAAAAAUGAGGAAAAUACAGAACCAGGUGCAGAAUCUGCUGAGAAUGCUGAUGAUCCCAACAAAGAUACAAGUGAAAAUGCAGAUGGACAAAGUGAUGAAAACAAGGAGGACUAUACAAUCCCAGAUGAGUAUAGAAUUGGACCAUAUCAGCCCAAUGUUCCUGUUGGUAUAGACUAUGUGAUACCUAAAACAGGGUUUUACUGUAAGCUGUGUUCACUCUUUCAUACAAAUGAAGAAGUUGCAAAGAAUACUCAUUGCAGCAGCCUUCCUCAUUAUCAGAAAUUAAAGAAAUUUCUGAAUAAAUUGGCAGAGGAACGCAGACAAAAGAAGGAAACAUAAGAUGUCCAAGAAGAGUUAACGAUUUCAAAGAAAAUAAUGGUUCUUUGUUUUUAAUGUUAACCUUUUUUAAAUACAAUACUGAUGUUAGAAGAUGACUAUUGUACUCAUUUGUUUUAGUGGAGAAAUACUAGUCUGUUCAUGUGUUAAAUGUUAUAGCAAGAAAGUACAUACGCGGUUAAGUUAAUGAAGAA